GUACCCUUGGGAAUAUACAAGGGACACAUUCGUACAGGUGCGAAGUGUGAAAUAGGUAAACUUAAUUUCUUUUCACAAAUGAGUGAAAAUGAAAACUUUUUAUUGUGAUUCUGACUGGAUUAUGUGAAGUCCAUCUGUGGAUUUUGUUUUACAAGUUAUUGUGAUAUUUCUGGAGGUUUUUACCCGAGUUGGCGGCGGUCCGACGACCGACAUGUCAUGCAUGAUCACUGUUGAAGCGACGAGACUCCCUCCGAUAAUCUGAAUGAAAAAAUAAAAUCAACAAGCUGGAAAUGGGGAAGGACCUAGAUAUAAUACAAGCUGUUAAAGAGCAGGAUAUAAGCUCUCUACAGAAACUGCUCCAGAAGGCCGGGAAACUCGCUCAUAAAAACAAGCUUAUUGGAAAUAAUAAAAAGUUCAACGUAAACUUCCAAGAUGGCGAUGGCAUGUCCGCACUCCACCAGGCGGCGCUCAUGGGCAAUACUGACGUCAUUCAGCUACUGGUGGAUAGCGGAGCCUCCACGGAACUCCGUGACAACAAAGGUAUGAUUCCCCUGCACUAUGCAACAUGGCAAGGGAAGUCGCAACCAGUCCACAUCCUGCUGCAGAAAGGGUCUCCGGUCAACCUGCAGGCAGAGAAUGGGGAGUCACCCCUCAGUCUGGCUUGUCAACAUGGCCAUGUCGAUGUGACCAAUCUGUUGUUGCUUCACCAUGCCGACCCCAUCAUGGCCACCAAGGAGCAGAAGACACCGCUGGACCUGGCCUGCGAGUUCGGGAGAUACCGGGUGGUGGAGAUGCUGUUGCGGAACAACCUGUGUCUGAAGCUGCUGGAGGUGAAUGAGAAGGAUCUGGGAGACAACAACCAGACGACAUGCAUGCACCUUGCUGCCAGGAACGGCCAUGUGGACAUCAUCACGUUACUGCUGCAGACAGGAAUGGAUAUCAAUAGAGCGACACUGAACGGCACAUGUCUACAUGAAGCAGCUUUGUAUGGCAAGAUUGAGGUGGUCAAGUUGUUGCUUGAUUGUGGCAUCGAUGUCAACAAGCCCAACUCUUAUGACCAGACAGCACUAGACAUUGUCAACAAGUUCACAACAACCAGAGCUGCCAAGGAACUCAAACAUGUACUCAAAGAAGCAAGCUGUGCAUGUCAUGCGAGGGCAAUAAAGGAUUUCCACAGCAUUUAUGACCCUGAGAGUCUGGCCUUCAAAGAAGGGGACAUAAUCACUGUGUUAGAACAGAAGCCGGAUGGUAUCUGGAAGGGUUACGUAGUGCAGAGCGGGAGAAUGGCAAAAACAGGCUUCUUCCCUGCCAACCAUGUGGUUCUUGUUGACAGCCAAGUGGUUGCCAAACAGCAGCAACAGAUAAGCCAGCAGUCGAAGCGUAUCAACAUGCCGCCGGUCCCCGAUCUCCUGAACCGAAGCCCUGGAUACAUGGGCAGCAGUCAGCAUGGUGGAGGCGGACACUUCAGUGGCCUGGGGGUCGACGACAACUUCCCACCCCCUCCAUCACCCCUCACACUCGCCAGGUCGCCACACAGAGACGCAAUCACGGAGGCAAACCAACAUGGGCAACCUCCGCCACCCUACCCUGGGGCCAAUCACCAGUACCUUGGAGGCAAGGUGUUGGUGAGCCACAGUGAGCAUGCUGCCGACUGGCCACCAUCAUAUACAUCGUUACAGGCCGGCCAGGGGGACAUGAGGGCCUCCAGCCCUGCCAAGGACACCCACAGCCCUGCCAACAGUAACCGCAACAGCGCUGCCAGCAGUGACAGCGGCAGGGGAGUCAGCACUGGACAUCUAGAACCUAAGGUACACAAUCUGGUGAAUGUGCAGGUGUCGAGCCAGCAUCGUCUGUCAGGCCAGAGUUAUGAGUCAGGUGUGUCGUCCAGACAGAGCUACCAUUCUACAUCCAGUUCCAGCCUCGGCAGUCUUGACCGUCUAGAGGAAUCUGGCUACACUAGCACCAUCAACGUGGCGGAACUGUUCCAUGCCGGAAUGCAGGACCAUGAGGUGCUCCACGCGUGGCUGUGUGACCUGAAGUUUGAAGAGUACUAUGACAAGUUCAGCCAAGCUGGAUACGACAUGCCCACCAUAUCACGCAUGACUCCUGAGGAUUUGACAGCUAUUGGGAUUACCAAGCCAGCGCAUCGGAAGAGGUUAAAAGCUGAGAUAGCACGCAUGAAUAUUCAUGAUGGAAUACCCGAUUUCAAACCGAAUGACAUGCUAGAGUGGCUGCAUCUACUGGGCCUCGGACAGUACUGCCAGACAUUGACCGGCCAGGGUUACGACAACAUCGACUUCGUCACCGACAUCACUUGGGAGGACCUGGAGGAAAUUGGCAUUCAAAAACUAGGUCACCAGAAAAAGAUCAUGUUAGCCAUCGACAGACUCAAGAGAAUUAUGUCUGGCAGCAAGAGGUUAUCAUCUGUGGAAAAACGACGUGGCUCACAGGAGUUGCUGGAGCCACCAUCCCAAAUGAAUAACUUGAGGUGGUCAGGCGACAUGGCUCCACAGUAUGUACAGGAGCUUGGUGUAGGUGCCAAGCCGAAGAAGUCACCAUCGGGGGACAGUAUUGCCACUGUGAGCAGCGGCAGCAGUGGUGCCAGCGGGACCAGCAGCAGCGGUGGCAGUUUGAGCAGCGGGGAGAUAAGGAUCAUGCACAUCCGGGAUGGGGACAGUGUGUUCACUCGGCAGAACUCAACCGGUUCUGGAGGACCUGAUGUUGUUGCCAUCCAGGUAAAGAGGUCAUCGAGCAGGACACCCAGCACAACAGAGUCAAUACCAGAAGGCAAGGACAUGGCAGGCCAGCCAAUUACAUAUCAGUCUUUUCAAACUCCAGGAGGUGACCGGCGGUCAGGGAAUUCGUUGGAUAAGGACAUUGCUGGUGGCGUUGUCAUGGCGGAACAGCCUCGGGAUGAGGACCGUGUGCUAGUGGCUCCAGUUGCACCUAAAGUGCAAGUCAAAGCUAAACCCGUUGCUAAGAUCAUUGCUAAGACAAAAAGAUCAAGUCGAGAGUAUUCACCCGAUAAUAUUGAAAUUGAGAAACAUGAGUCAGAGUGUAAUUCUGACGGGAAUAAGAACUCGGUUCUUGCAGGUGGAAUGGUGUUUUCGGGGACGUUGAAGAAGAAUCAGACGAGGUCUGGCUCCCAGCAAGAACACAUCUAUGAUACCCCCCAUGUUGCACCUCCGCUGAAAGCCCCAAAACCAAAACCAAACCUUGCGAUCCCCAAAAUGCCUGUUAAUGAAUCUACAAGCCCAGGACCAUCAAGUCCACUGUUUGUCAACACACAGAACCAAGACUCGGGCCCGUCCACCCCUUCCCCCACAGGAAGGGGCAAGCGAGCACCGCCACCACCUCCCAAACGAACACACUCAAUCCGAAAUGAGGGACCAACUCCUCGAGACGAUAUCCAAGAAUUGCCCAGUCAACGACCAAGCAUGCACCAGAGUGCACACUUUGGGGGAGAGGCUCGGGAACAGACAAGGAUGACGGCUUCGGCCGGGCCUCCAGCUGUCAGUGUCAAGCCCCAGCAGCUUGUGCAGGCUCAGCCUCAGGCCUCCCCCCAGCAUCAUGCUGCACCUCAGAAUCAAGCCUCUCCCCAGCAUCAUGCUCCUCCACAGCAUCAGGCCUCGCCCCAGCAUCAGGCCUCGCCCCAGCAUCAGGCCUCGCCCCAACAUCAGGCAUCACCCCAGCACCAGCAAGAGAUCCCGCCCAAGCAGCAAGCAUUUGCCAGCUGUGUUCAAAGUCUCUCUCAAAGAUUUGGGUCAAAGCGGGAAGAGAAUGGUGCUCAAGAAAAUACCUCUUCGGAUGGGGAAGAGUUCCCACCUCCCCCUCCUCCCAUCGCCAUGGAUAUCAUCACACCCAAGAUUCACAAUUACGGAAUUCCUAGUAAAUCAGACAAGGCAGCAGCAGGGGAGUUCGGAGGGCUACAGAGUAAAAUAAGGAGGGACCUCAGUCACAGUCCUCACAGUCCUCAUGACAAGAGGGCCUACGGGGGAGAGAAAAACGAAGGUAGAACAUUUGGGGUGAAUCUGCGCAAACACAUGUCUCCCCCAAAGGAAAUACCGCGGAAUAAUGUGAAUGAAAAUGUGAAACCCUCUGAGGUUGAGAACUUGAGAACAGGUUUAGGUGACAAACGCAGUGACUCUACAACUAGUUUCGAAUCAACAUCAUCAACUUCCAGUGUGGAUUCAAACACUUUGCCUUUUGCCAAUGAAAAUGUUGGCACAAUUAAGCAAAGAACUCCUGCUGCUAAACCCUCUAUAGUAGAAAUUGCUGAUGGAAUGAAUGGACAGAGAAGUGUAGAUUUAAAUUCAAGUAUGUUUGAGGAGAAUUCAGGGACAUUGAAACGGACUCCGAUGGGCUUCGGCCAUAGCCCUGUUAGUAAGAACUCAAUGAUCUCACAUUCACAGCCCAAUCCAAUGAUGGCGGCGGGCCCAAGACCAGUAGUGACAGUGUCAGGCAUGUCCAACCCUACACAGAAAGGAAUAGCGCGUCCACCUGUACCGGCCCACAAGCCCAAACCAGCGGUACCCCUGCAUCAUCAGCAGCAACAACAUCAACACCAUCAGCAUGUGGGCAACCAGGACAAAGCUCCUGUUUCGAAGAAGCCCGGCGGUGACACGGGUGAUGUGCUGUUUGACAUAGACAAUAUGUUGCAAGGACUGACGGAAGAGCUUGACGCCAUGCUGGAGGAGGAGGUUGCCACAUAGGUCACCACGGCGGCGACCUCGUACAUCGCACGUCACUUUCAUGUACAUAGACAUCGCUCAAUGCUUGGAACCUUGUGGUGAUGGGGAUACAGCCCUUACCAUAAGGCUGGCUGGAAACUUGGUGCACAGUGCUAGUGCUUAGCAAUCUAUUUCACCUGAAUUUGACAUUGACAUAUGCAAGUCUUUCAGUGAGGACAGACAUGCCAGUUACUGAAAUGGACAUCUUUGGAGUGAAUUAAGGCCUUUGGUGAUGUUUAUAGCAGUGUUGUGAACGUUUUCAGUUGGAUUGAGGCCUGUGAAGGGAUUGAUAUUUCAACUUGCCUUGUGCCAAAAGUUUGACAGUUAAACAACUGGAGUGCUGUGUACAUAGUCUAAGGGAGACAACUCUCUUUCCACAUGGAGUACUAUGGAUAAUGCUUUUGGAUACAGAUUUCCUUGCCAGACUGUGGCACAUUUCUUCCUCAUGAUUAUGCAUCAGGGAUAACCCAAGUGAGCAGCUUCCAAUUAAGUAAUUCUGAUGGAUUUUAGCGGUCAGUGUUGCUUAGUUCUAGCAAACGAAAUCUAAAAUCAACGAGGAACUUCUAAUCCAGAUGACUCCAAUCUCCAUCAAAACAUGUGACUUGAUUUGUUUAUGUCUAACAGAACCUGUGGUGUGAUAUGAAUGUUUUAAAUGUGCUAAACUGCUGAUUGAUUGAAGACACCAUGUCUGUGCGCAGUUGUUGCUUUUUUUACUGUAACACCAUGAAUGACCUGGGUUGAGUCCUGCAUUAACCCGACACUGUCUAUGCACGUGCUUCGUACUGCAGUGAGGUUCCUUCAUAUCCAAGACACUAGAUAUUGCAGGAGUUAGUCUCAGUCAGUGUAGUCAAGGAAGCCUAACUUAUAUCAGUGUAUGUUUUCAGGUGCAUGAAGAAUUUCAACAGAAACAGCACACUGAUUGAACAGCAAUAACAAUGUCAGCAUUUUGUGAUGUUUUCCUACUUGUGACGUCAGGGCAGGAUGUUGUCGAACAGAAUUCUUUCGUCUGGACUGACUCUUCGUACAGUUUCUAUAUGUGUCUUUCUUUAGUCUAGCGUUAGGUACAUCAGAGUCUCUGUCCGGCAUACUCUGGAAUCAUGAGGAAGUCCCCCUUUGCCGCUUGGCAGUUUAUUGAGCUUCAGCAUCAGAGAUCCAGCUGUAGGACUUGGAGGUUGGACUAGCAUGAGAUAACUGCAUGUGGAGAUCUGACUUCUGGCUACUCCACGAUCCUGUAGACUGGAGCAUCAGUGAGAAGACUGCCAUCUCAUGUUGUAGUCACACCAGCAGACAGUAGGGCCAGAUGUGGAGCAGCAAUGUUCAAAAUUAAGCCUGAUCAUCUAGGGGUCAAAGUUAAAGAUUCAGAUUAAAAGUUAAGAUUUUGGGGUCCCUAGACUCAAAUACUCGAACAGCAAACUCCUUACGCCAGGCCCCCUAUUAUUUUUUAACUCUGCUUCUUCUUACUGUAAUCAUGGGUUUUGUUUGAUAUACACCUUACACUAGAUAUCUUUGGCCGGCCACUGAUCUUUGAAUUUAGUAAGAAGUGGAUCAUAAUGUGUUAAAAAUCAUACUCCAAAUGAAGAUUUCGCAUCCUUCUGUGUGGAGAAUGUUUGCUUGUGCACUGUCUAUAUGCUGCUCCACUACAGUGUUAGACCACCUGACUCUGUGAGGAGCCACCUCGCUGUGGUAAUGUUGAAUUUAGAAUCUGUAGUGAGAAGCCCUGGCUUUGGUAGUGAUGUAAUUGAAGAGAUAGUACAUCUCACAUUCUUCAUACAAACGUAACAACAAAUAUUGUUUUUAAUGCUAGUUUCUUAAAUGCUAUAAUAAUAUGUUUUUAAAAAUACCAAAUAGACAUGUUUAGGGCCAAGAGAAAAGAAUAAUGUUUCAUCUAUAAGAUCUUAUGAAUCUAAAAUUUUGAAUUAUUUCAUACCAUGUCAAUAAAGUCAGAUUAAUCAGUAAAGACCAUAUACCAUUCAGGGCUUCUCACAGACAGAUUUAUUUUUUUCGCGUGUUUCGCAAUAAUGUUUACCCAAGUUGAUUUCAAAGAAGAGAUUAGUACGACGAGGGGGGACUGUUUCCUUCUGUCCUGUAUAGUGAUUAGGUACAAACCAACGUUAUGGUAUUAUUAUUUGAUAAAAAUCUUUACAUCACUGGUUGUGUCCGUUCUAAAAAUGGCUCAUUUGAACUAUCAGGUGACCUGAUUGUAUAAAACUGUUGAAUAUUUGUGAAAUACUUUUUAUAUUGUACAUGGUUCUACAGAUGUAUUCUCCUUCACAAGUUGCUUGUUAAAAACUAACCUGUCGCUCAUCUCUGUGUUAUUUUAAGCUUAAAAAAAAAAUCAAAUGUCUAAUUGUCCAAAUCAAUGUUGAAGUCGCACAUACUGUCAUAUUCACCUGUGUUAAUUGAACUGGCUUUUAGUGGGACAUUUGUUUAUUUGAACAUCCUUGCUUACAAAACUGUUGGCUACUUCUGUCCUUAAUUCACUGGUGUCUUUUUACUUCAGAGAUACAAGAAUGAAUCCUUCUUUUCAUGUUUUGAUAAUUCUUCUAUUGACAAGCCUGAUCUGUUGUCCAUUUCGCAAUGUAUGACCGGAGCACCUGUCACCCAGAUGUCUCUUGACGCCAUUGCACUGAGAAAUACACCGUUGAUCUCUCGGGUUGUAUGCAAUAGCUGCUGUUAACAACAUUAGCAGGAGUGAAAUGUAAAUACAGAAUAUCGCCAUGUCCAUGUCAGUAGCAAGACGAAGCAGUCAUGGCAUGAUGCAUCUUCCCGAGGCAACAGUGUCCUCUGGCCUUAUAUCACAGCCUAGUUUAUUCUUGGGAAGAUGGACACAAUGUUGAAAUAAAAAGUCGCUGAGAUUCCAUCCUGCAAAAAAUAAUGUCAUUUGACCAUUAAGCUCCUGUCAUUUAUUUAGUGGGGGGGUGGCAGAGGGAAGAUCACCAAAAAGUAUUUAUCUGUAGGUGAGACUCGGUUAUUAAAAAAUAAUGCACAUAUUUGGGGAGCCUCAUGAAUAUUUGGACAUUUUAUAUUAAGAUAUUAAUUCUUUUCAGGGAGGGCCUUGAAAAAAAUGUACAAGGCCAUUGGGAGGGUCAUCCAAAAAUAUGAUAAGCAUUGAUCAUUUUUUUCACUGCAGUAGCUCACCACCACCACCACCACCUCCAAAUCGUAACAUAAUAAAUGUUUAAAAUAUUCAUAUGCUUUGAAACUUUGUUUUAUAAAAAACAGUAGUUGUUUGUGAACCUUUGAUUCAAUCAGUGUCAUUCAGUCUGUUUCCUUAACCUGUCGGGGUGGUGGGGUAGCCUUGUGGUGAAAGCUUUCGGUCCUCAUGCCGAUGGGUACAGUGUGAAGCCCAUUUCUGGUGUCCCCUGCAGUGAUAGUGCUGGAAUAUUGCUGAAGCAGCAUAAACCAUACUCACGCACUCUUACCCUGCCUUGAAACAAGAUUGUGUCAGCAGGUCUCUUGAGCAGUUAUUCACAUAAAAUCUGUCAGAAUUUGACUGCUUGAAGGAUCUGAAGAUCUAGGAUAGUUUGUGUUAAUCAUCAUCGUUGCUUUGGCUUGUGAAGUGUUUGCUGCUGGUAUGGACACUGGUACAGUUGUACUGAUAUUGCUGGUGUACAGAAGAGUGUAAAGUUGGGUGAAUUCUCGAGGACGAAAAUCUCAGAAUGUGUAGACACUUUUAGCAUAGCAAAAUGCACAAAUGAUAAUGUUGCUUAUAAAGCUUCCCAGCUAUGACGUAUUUAUUAAGUAGUUUUACUAUUUAUGUAUACAUGAUAUUGUUUAUUUUAUUAGUAAACCCAAAUGAUUCAGAAUAGUGCAUAUCCAUUCCUCAUCCAAUGAACUAGCGUGGAGUAUAUGCAAGGUUUCGUACGAACAUUCUAACAAGUCGUGAAGACAAGUCUGUUAGACCACAUAGUGGCUCUCCAAUAUGUACAGAUAAUUAUAUGCUUUUAUGUAAUAUUCUCCCUAAAUCUUACCUCAAGUUAUGUGCAGUGCUUUAAUGUUCGGUUGUUAUUGUUGGAACUACUUAGGAUCAGUUCAUGCUUUGAGAUUUUAAAGUUACAAGUGCCUAUUGGACAGAUUUGUCUGCUGUUUUAAAGCUAUGACAUUUUUAUGAGAGAAUGGUUUCAGAAUUUGCAAAAGGACAAAUCAUUAGAAGAGACGUGCUACAUUAAGACUGCAAAAUGUAUUUGGAAUGUUUCGUAAGAUAGUUGUUUUCUUGUCCCUAUUCAAAGAAAUUGAACUGAAAAAAUAUAUUUCGAAGCAGUUAGAAGUUCCAGUGUUAAAUCUCUGCCUGCCAACUCCCAGUAGUGUCCCUCUAGAUAAGCACAUCACUUUGUUAUGUAUCAUAUGCAUGUUAUUACAAUGGUUAAUGCAUUGUUGUUGUCAUUGAGUACCAGUUAUUUAAUAAAAGGAGGUAUUUAAACCCUACAAGGUGUGCAUGUAGAUGUAUCACUUCCGACAUGUAAUAUAUUGGUCAGAAUAAACAGUUGACAGUGGCA